AUGGCCGACACCGGCACCGGCAGCAGCGGAGACAGUGGCAGCAGUACGAAGACCCGGCCGAUCGUAUUCCUGGACGUGGAUGGCGUGCUCUGCUGCAAACACGAGACAAGGCUGGAGGCCGCGCCGUGUGCAGAGCUGCAAAGAAUCGCCGAGUCCACACGUGCCGCAGUUGUGCUGUCCACCGACUGGCGGCGUGACACGUCACUCAGUAGCCGCAUCAAACGAUGUCUGCACGAGAGAAGAGUCGACUGCAUUGGCGCGACACCGCAGCUCAGCGGCUCCAUGGACCGCGUUUCGCGCGUCCGCCCGAAGGAGAUCCUCAGCUGGCUGUCGGAGCACGGAUUGGGAGGCCUUCAUGGCAGCACGAAUUGGGUGGCGAUCGACGACCGUGACCUGGUAUCAGAAGACGGCGGCGAGGCACUGCGGGGCCGCUUCGUCCAGACAGCCUUUGCGAGUGGGUUGACCCGCGAGCUGGCAGACCGAGCUAUCAAAAUGCUUCUGCACGGCCCACAGCCCUGCCCGGAGGAGGAGAGGCCACCCAACGUGCGAACGUUGCAGGAUCUGCUCGCCGAGGCCGGCGUGGACACGGCGGUGAUGGAUGUGUUGCAGAGCUGCGCCACAACCAGCUCGCUACCAGCGCUGGUGAAGGCUGUUGAGAGCUCAGGGCGUGUGAAAUUCCUUGAGCUACUCAAGGCAAGCGGGAUAUCACGCCCUGCGACGCGCCAGGCCAUUGCGAAUGCGAUCGGCAGGUGCAAACGAGAGGAUCGACUGUGCCCUGAACUAAAAAUAUGA